UCAACCUUUCGCAUCAAGUUAUCCAUCUUUUCGCUGGUGAAUUUUACCUUGUCCAUAUUAGUUACUGUAAUAAAUAUACAUAAUCGUGCUAUUGGAGCAAGAUCUUUGCCUAACGUAAUGUCUAUCCAGCAACCAAGAACUGCAAGCAACGGAGACAUAAAGCCCGACAGCUCCAAUCUCGCCGUGCUCAUUGAUGGCGAUAAUGUUUCCUCGAAGCACGUUAGCGGCUUGAUGGCUGAAAUCGCCAAUUAUGGUACUGCCAGUGUCAGGCGCAUCUAUGGAGACUGGACGACACCAGGCCUUGGUGCCUGGAAAUCUUGCCUACUGAAACACUCCAUAACUCCCAUUCAGCAGUUCGCCUAUACUACUGGGAAAAACGCUACUGACGGUGCCAUGAUUAUCGAUGCCAUGGAUUUAAUGUACACAGGCCGCUUCUCUGGCUUUUGUAUCGUCUCAAGCGAUAGCGAUUUUACCCGCCUCGCAACCAGAAUUCGUGAGCAAGGUCUUACAGUCUACGGCUUUGGCGAGCGCAAAACCAAUUACGCUUUCAUCGCCGCAUGCGAUAAAUUCACAUACUUCGAUGUCCUACCUGUAGACCCAAGUGAGGAACCGACUGCCUCACGACCGCCGCAGCAAGGUUACCGCCCGGCCGCAGCUCGCCCACAAAUGACCCCGAGGCCACUAGACCAGGUAGCACUUAACGCGCUGGAGGAGGCUAUCAGCAACAGCAUUAGCUAUGCAGGAGGUUAUGCCAACCUCGCUGAAGUGGGGCAUCUUUUGAGCAGAAAGUCUGCUAACUUGAAUGCUCGCAACUACGGCUAUCCGAACCUUACCGCAUUCGUCGAAGCAUCUCGUCUUGCUGAUUUCAGAAUUCAAGAUAUGGGAAAUAGACCUCCAAUUACAUUGGUUCGUCUUAAAGAUCAUGUCAUGGGAGACGUUUGAUUUUAUGGAUCCAAUUUAGAAGAGUUGUCUAUUUGUAUGUUAUUUUUAGCAUCUUCCCUCGCGCCAAACAGAAAGUGCGGGAGACCUUCAACAUCAUUGCACUGUCUAUAUUACCCGACCCUACGAACCGCCUCAUUCUACUCACUUAGGUCACGGAUUUCGAAAAGGUUUCAACAUCAUAUAGAUUGCACAGAUGGGUGGAGCUUGCUUCCCCAUUCUC